AUGGUUUCUAGCGAUGAGAAUGAAAAGAUAGAAGAAAGCAAAGAAGCGCAUCCAUCAAUAAGCAGCACUCCCAACUCAAAGCGAAGCAAAUGGGCAUUACUUAGAAAUGUUCUAAAAGCAAUUACUCUUCUCAAAGUUCAUGAUGCCGACCCUGCUGUAGAAGUCAACGAAAUCCUAGUCAAAAUCCAACAAAUCCCUACAGACAAAGCUUACAGGAUGAAAGAGAAGUCCAGAAAAGACUCAUCCCCAUAUAGUAUUGCACUAAGUGAUUUAAGAAGGGAACAGACUUUGUUUAGAUGCGCAGAACAAGGCCGUGGAGAAGAUCUGCAAAGGCUCGUUUGGGAAAUAGACAAUAACCCUUAUCGAUAUUUAGUACCAGCAACUCAUCCUCAAUCAUUCUUAAAUAAACGAAACGGGGAAGGGAAAACUGCUCUUUAUGUUGCCUGCAAAAAUGGGAAUUUAGAAGUCGUAAAAAUCUUGAUUGAGAAAGGAGCUGUCCAUCAAAUUACUUCUGUUAUUGAAAAAGAAGAAGAAACUUGCUUGGAGGUUGCAGUGAGAUGGGGACAUAAAAAAAUCGUUGAGUUCUUAUUAGAGAGCUGUAAAUGAUCAUCAUCGGAACUGCAAAAAUCAUUGAAAGUCUGCAGACAUAAAGAUCUUGAAAUUUUACUUAAGAAAAAUCUGAAAACUAAAAAUAAAGGAUGUCAGUGCUAUAUAUGAUAG